CCAUCAAUUCAUCCGCCUUACUCACAACAAAUCCAUAUUCCCCAAGUAUCGCCGAUAAGGUUCGGAGUUUCUUCACAUGGCCACCGAUGUUCAGACCUUGGAAGAAAGGUAUAUUGAUUCCUGCAGUAGACUUGAUGUAUUACCAAAUCCUGCAAUUUUGUCUGGUCUCUUCAAGGCUGAUGUUAGAAAGGCUCGGCGAGAAUCAUGUACCCUAGAGAUUCUAUUGGAAUACUUGAAGGAUAUUGAUUUCAAUCCACUUCUUGAAGUGUGCCUCGAAAUUAGUGCGUCUGAGAUUGAGGCUGUCGACAUACGUGGUGGAUCAGCAUGUGUGUUGAGUGGAGAACAUGCUUUGGCUCUGAUGCGUGCUAUUGGUCAAAAGCUUCGAUCAGUUGAUCUUCAGGAUACGUCAUUUGAGAAGGAGUUCUUGCGGGAUCUUUCUCGAAGAGGUUUGACAUGCCAAGUCUUAGACCUGAGGACCUCGCAUUUUCGAAACCUGAAAAUGAUGGGCGAGUUCAUGCAAUUACACACUCUCAAUCUUGACUAUAGUAAUUCACUCUCUAGUUUCAAAGAAGAUUGUUUCACUUGUAUGCCCAAUCUAAUGUGCCUUUCAAUGUGUGAGACAAGAGUGUCAAAUCUCUGGACGACUGUAGCAGCACUUUCUAAACUCCCUUCUCUGGUGGAACUUCGGUUCCAAAAUUGGUUCUGUUGCAAUGAUGCUGCUCAUUCUUCUGGAUCAACUGAUCAAGAUGACAAAACUGAUUUCUUUCAUCUCAGCAGUAGUUCAUCCAUUGGAGUUUUAAAUAAUGUAGUUACUAACCGUGAUACUCAAAUCUCGAUAGAGGAUUCAUCAGAUGAUAGUGAAAUGGAUUUCUCAAGUCAGCAGCACGAAUAUGAUUACAUGGACCUGUUUUCGAAUGUAGCUCCUCAAAUGGAUGGAGAGAUUGGUCCUUGGAAUGAGGUUUCUCUCGAGACAUUGUUGAAUAAAAGUGAAGAAGUCUCAGCUGGUGUUUUGACAAGGCAUGUUGCAGGUGUUUCAUUGAAGUAUUUGUCUUGUAAUGCUUCACCAAUAUGCUUUGAGAAGUAUUACAGGGAUUUCAUGAUAGCUUCAUUGGCACAGUUGAAAUUUCUGGAUAACUUAUCCAUCAGAAAGAUUGACCGGGAAACGGCUACUAAUACGUUUUCACAGAACUUUGAGUACCUACCAUACAAAAGGAAGCAUAAAGAGAGUAUUGUUAGUACCUUGCAGAAGCGUGAAAUAAGAGCUAGUAACUCUCAUGUUAGGACUUCCAAGCAAAAGUCAUCAUAUCCUUCAGGAAUAUCUCAAUAUUCCUAUACCAGGUCCCUCUGUGCUGCCAAAGUUGGAUCUUCUGCUUGGCCUUUCAUACAUACACUUUCCAUUUCAGGCAAUGAUAUCAGAGAUGAAAAUAGGAUUUUUCGUCCCAGGCAGUUUGAGUACCAUCCGUGUAUUCCUCGCCUUAUGGUCUUUGGAACCUUAGAUGGUGAAAUAGUUGUAGUCAACCAUGAAAACGAGAAGAUUGUUAGUUAUAUUCCAUCAUUUGGGGAUAUGAAUAGUGUGCUUGGACUUUGUUGGCUCAAGAAGUAUCCUUCCAAGCUCAUAGCUGGUUCAGAUAAUGGCUCAUUAAAGUUGUAUGAUAUCAAGAAUAUGCCACCAACAGUUGCGGAUGCGCAUUACGGUGCUGGUACUGUCAGCUUUGAUGAAUUUGACCUAUUGACAUCUGUUCAUGUUAACUCUACGGAUGAACUAUUUCUUGCUAGUGGAUAUUCCAAAAAUAUAGCUCUCUAUGACAUCACUACCGGAAGACGGUUGCAGGUUUUCGCAGAUAUGCAUCAAGAGCAUAUCAAUGUUGUCAAGUUUUCAAACCAUUCCCCAUCGAUAUUUGCUACAUCUUCAUUUGAUCAGGAUGUCAAGUUGUGGGACUUGAGGCAGAAACCCGUACAGCCUUGCUAUACUGCUUCAAGCUCAAAAGGAAAUGUGAUGGUUUGCUUUUCUCCAGAUGAUCAUUAUCUUCUUGUUUCAGCUGUUGACAAUGAGGUAACUUUUCAACUUCUUGAUUUUAUGAGUGGAAUUGUGAAUGUGUUCCAUGUGCUUUAUUGCCAUCUUAUUUUGGGGGCUGUGGCUAGAUUUUGA